GGUCAGCGCCCUGAAGCCAGCCCUCUCUCUUUUGCCAAGACCUGCCUCUGCACAGCCCUAAGUGGGCAGCCGAGGGCUGCAGCUGGAGUCCCGAGCCCAUGAUGGAGCCGCGGCUGGGGCCUGAAGCUGCAGCCCUCCACCCGGGCUGGCCAGCCCUGCUGCUGUGGGUCUCAGCCCUGAGCUACUCUGUCUCCUCGCCGGCUUCUCCCUCUCCUUCUCUGGUGUCCCGAGUCAGAACCAGCUACAAUUUUGGAAGGACUUUCCUCGGCCUUGAUAAAUGUAAUGCCUGCAUCGGGACAUCUAUUUGCAAGAAGUUCUUUAAAGAAGAAAUAAGGUUUGACAACUGGCUGGCCCCACACCUUGGACUGAUUCCCGACGACUUGCCUUCUUACCCUGUAAAUUACUCGGAUGAUUUCAAAACCUGGCGCCCCGUGGAGAUCUCAAGGCUGGUCAGCAAACACCAAAACGAGAUCUCGGACAGGAGAAUCUGUGCCUCCGCAGCUGCCCCAAAGACCUGCAGCAUUGAGCGCGUCCUGCGGAAAACAGGGAGGUUCCAGAAAUGGCUGCAGGCCAAGCGCCUCACACCGGACCUGGUGCAGGGCCUGCCCAGCCCCCUCUUGCGCUGCCCGUCACAGCGACUCCUGGAUCGCGUGGUCCGGCGCUACGCGGAGGUGGCCGACGCUGGCAGCAUCUUCAUGGACCACUUCACGGACCGCGACAAGCUGCGUCUCCUCUACACGCUAGCUGUCAACGCCCAUCCCAUCCUCCUACAGAUCUUCCCGGGCGCCGAGGGAUGGCCACUGCCCAGGUACCUGGGCUCCUGCGGCAGAUUUCUGGUCAGCACUAGCACCAGCCCGCUGCAGGAAUUCUAUGGUGCACCCGCAGACCAGGCGGCCGACCUGGCCUACCAGCUCCUGGGUGUCCUGGAGUCUCUGAGAAGCAACGAUUUGAACUACUUCUUCUACUUCACCCACGUGGAUGUGGACAUGUUUGGCAUCUUCAACAAUGGGCAUCUGUUCAUCCGGGAUGCCAGCGCACUGGGCGUCAUCGACAGGCAGGAAGGCAGCCAAGCGGCCUCCAGGGCAGGAGAGAAUAAAGACAUCUUCAGCUGCCUGGUCUCUGGCUGCCAAACCGAGCUGCCCUCCUGCGACACCAUCCCUGAGAAGCAGAGCCUGGUGCUGGUGUGUGGCCAGGUGCUGCCCCCACUUCUCCAGGCCAAAUUCCCGUCCCCGGUGCAGGAGGAGAUAGACGCCGAGCUCGCUCGCUGUGGGGAGGGAACCCGGCCAGACCCCGAGGUCCUCCAAGCUGCCAGCCGGCUGAAGGACAUCUUGAGGCCCCUGAGAACCUGUGACCCCAGAUUUGCCUACCGCUACCCAGACUGCAAGUAUAAUGAUAAGUUCUGAGGGGCUGGAGCCUUGCUGGCCUCCGGGGACCACAUCCUUGGAACUUCCGCUGCCCGCUCGCUUGCUGCACGGUUGAAAGAAGCUGCUCCCUUUUAGACACUGGGAGAAAGGUACCUUUGUUUCCCAGGGAGAAAGGAACAUGCCAAACAUCAGAGGGCAGUCAUGCCAUCGGGUGGCAUGAUUACCCUCACUGGCUGGGUCAUCGUGGAAGAGCCCAAGGGUGGGCAUCGGAAGAACCAGGUGUGGACGCUCACUCGGCCUCUUUGAGCCUCAUUUUUCUCUCUUCUCUACCAGACUCUUGAGUUAGUGCAAAAACACAGAGAUAUGAAGGGCCAGGGACACGUGCUCCCUCCCCCCAGCCCAGGUGGUUAAAAAGAAUGUUCCAGAAGCAUGCACGGUCAGGGCAAAUGUGACAGAGCCGUGGAGGUCAAAAGGCUGGCACGGAGGGAAGACUGUACCCCUGCCCUAGCCCUCCUGCUACACUCCCCGCACUGCCACAGGGUGAGGAGACUGCAGGACAAGGGGACACGUGGACAGAAGCCCCUUCUGUCCCAGAAGUGUCCAGAGAGGCACUUCAUGGUGUGGGAAGGAGCCAGGGGUAAGAAGAGAAGAGGGCUGGGCUGGGGGCCAAUGUGUUUGUCCAGGUCCUCAGAGAACCAGGUGUCAAGACAGGAUUAAAUGGGCAAGGA